AUGCUGAAGUGUCACGGUUCGACUCCCGCUGAAAUUCAAUGGAUGCAUCAGCUAUACUUUGGAAAAAUUCUACAAUCAGUUCUUCAUCAGCUUAAACAAAAUAGGGUGAAUACAUCUCAUAUAACUGAUUUACUGGGAGUCUCAAAACUCUACUUAUAUACAAAAAAUGAAAAAGUACUGUUUCAAUGCCUUCGUUCCGACGCGAGUAUUCACAGCCCAGCGAUGUGGGUUUCAUUACUUACUUGCGCUGCAACCGGGCAAAGCAUCUCACCCAAUUUGUGCAUAUCUACUGGUUGCAAGGAUAGGGACAAAUUCAAGGCCCCCUUUCUUCUCUACCGCCUGCAGCCUGCUUCUAGUCUCGCCGUUAUUUCUCGAAAUUGUUGCCCUUUCACUGGACAAAAGAAUGAAUUCUACCGACAAUCCUGCAAGCCUAGUGGCUGUGCCAUGAUGCGUCUGUCUGUUGUGGUAGGCAAGUUGUUGUGA